GCGCAUUAGUGUUGUUAGUGAGUAUUACGCGAGUUGUGUGACAAAGUAAGAGUGAGCAGUGAGUUGUAGCAACUUUGGUUCUCAGUGUUUUUGUUUACGUAAUUUUUGUUUUCCCCUCAUCGCCUACGGAGGAGUGUGAUUUCUCGUAAUGCCUGCAGUGUUUUGGAACAUGCUUUCCUGUGUUUUGGAGGGUUAACAGUUCAUCGUCCUUCGGAUCCACGCCUUUUAAAACAUGGCGGAGGUGUCGCCGCCUCCAUCUUCGGCGCCCACCACAGCCAACAUCGUCAAGGAGGGGUGGCUCUUCAAGAGGGGGGAGCACAUCAAGAACUGGCGGUCGCGCUACUUCGUGCUGCUGGACGACGGCUCGCUGGUGGGCUUCAAGAACAAGCCGGAGCACGCGCUCUCCGACCCGCUCAACAACUUCACCGUCAAGGGCUGCCAGAUCAUGUCGGUGGACCGGCCCAAGCCCUACACCUUCAUCAUCCGCGGCCUCCAGUGGACCACCGUCAUAGAGCGCACCUUCCACGUCGAGUCCGACAAGGAGAGGGAAGAAUGGGUUGCUGCAAUCCGUUAUGUAGCGGACCGCCUUGCGGGAUCGGAGGAUGUGGACAUGCCUACAUCUGACCUGGAUAGGAGUGCGUCCUUCGGUGACAGCUUUGACAAUGGCUCAUCUGCAGCUCUUAAUGAACUCGGUGCCAAGUUUUCUGUACAAGGCACCUCGAAUAGCAAAUCUUCCGGAAAGAAGAAAGUGACACUAGAGAAUUUUGAGUUCCUUAAAGUCCUUGGAAAGGGGACAUUUGGCAAAGUAAUUUUAUGCCGAGAAAAGGCUACUGCACACCUUUAUGCAAUAAAGAUUCUGAAGAAGGAGGUUAUCAUCCAAAAGGAUGAAGUGGCCCAUACUCUGACGGAGAACAGAGUACUGCGGACCACAAGCCAUCCAUUUCUCAUUUCGCUGAAGUAUUCAUUUCAGACAGCUGACCGGUUGUGUUUUGUUAUGGAGUAUGUGAAUGGUGGAGAACUCUUCUUCCAUUUAUCGAGAGAGAGAAUAUUUAGUGAAGAACGGACACGCUUCUAUGGGGCAGAGAUCAUCUCGGCACUUGGAUACCUGCAUGAAGAGGGCAUCAUCUACAGGGAUCUUAAGUUGGAGAACCUCUUGCUCGACAAAGAUGGUCAUAUAAAGAUAGCCGACUUUGGUCUGUGCAAAGAAGACAUCACAUAUGGCCGGACCACAAAGACUUUCUGCGGAACACCAGAAUACCUAGCUCCAGAAGUCCUCGAGGACAACGACUACGGGCGUGCUGUCGACUGGUGGGGCAUCGGCGUGGUCAUGUACGAGAUGAUGUGCGGUCGGCUGCCUUUCUACAAUCGUGACCACGAUGUGCUCUUCACCCUGAUUCUGAUGGAGGAUGUACGCUUCCCACGGAGCAUCUCCAAUGAUGCCCGUGACCUCCUAAGUGGGUUGCUCGUUAAGGAUCCCACCAAGCGGCUCGGUGGAGGGCCGGAGGAUGCCAAGGAGAUCAUGGCUCAUCCGUUCUUUCGUUCCAUAAACUGGAAUGACCUUGUGCAGAAGAAGAUCAAGCCACCUUUCAAGCCACAAGUGACAUCCGAUACAGACACCCGGUAUUUCGAGUCGGAGUUCACUGGUGAGAGUGUGGAGCUGACGCCACCCGAACAUUCGGACAGCGCCCUGAACAGCAUCGCGGAAGAGCUGGAGCAGACGGGGCCGUACUUCUCGCAGUUCAGCUACCAGGACCUGACUGGCAGUAGUAUGCUCAGUUCUACGGCCGGCACUUCAAUCGUCUCCUCCUCCUCGGCGGCGGCCAGCAUGCAGUAGUGUGCUGCAGCCACCGACCUCGCCCUUCCGAGAGGAACUCCACCUUUCCGGGGCUCGAUUUGAAAGGACCCUGUGCCACUGUUCCCAUUUUGAACCGAUGCACGCAGUUUCCCGGGGACCGAGAGACGGCUCGAUAUAUUGUGCACUUACCCGGUAUGGGAGUGACGGAUCGGGAUAGUGGUGGGCUGUAAUGGGUGAUGCGACGAAGACAGAGCCUCUGAGGUUGUUUCGACACCCGUAGGAUACCGGUGUAGCUGCCCGGAACCGGGCCGUAGGCAGAUUCUAGGAAUCCCUGCUCUGGAGAUUUUUUUGACUAAAAUUGACAAUAGGGGUAGGAAAAGGAGUCUGCUUGUGCAAUACCUAUGUUGCCCUAUUCUGGAAGCAAAUGGAGCCUGAUCGCUGAUAUGGCUGCAAAUAAUUAGACUGUGACCAGUUUGUGGUCUGUCAUUGCAUGAUCAUGGGUGGUGUGUGUGUGUGUGUGUGUGUGUGUGUGUGUGUGUGUAAAAGUAGUAUAUAACAUACAUUAAGAGGGAUUCUGUUGAUUUCAGCUGGUAAGAACAUUUUAUAUUUCAAGCAUGGUCAUUUCAUGCAUAUUGUGCAGACUGUACAUUUCUCUUUCUUUUUUCUUUUAAAUUAUCACUGUAAAUUUAAUUUCCAUCAAGCCAGAAACAAAUUUCUGGCCUCUGGGCAAUGGUGAAAUUUGGUACCUCUGUUAGUACUUCAAUAUUGUUAGUGCAGGGUGAGCAAAGCUCUUUGGGCUUAAUUUUCAUGUUUCUUUCCUUUUUAUUUACAAGUGCAUAUUCACCAGUUUUAUUGCACUGUUAACAAGCAAUACAGGGACAUACUUUGUGGGCAACUGCACUGGGGCUCCCUUUGUAUCUCCUAGUUCUCUCCUUGUGAAAGAACAAACCAGUUCGGUAAUUUGUUUAAUGACGUACUGUGGUUUGGAAGAAUGAAGUACUUGGAGACAUUGUAGUUAGCAUUCCAUUUUGUUAGUUUCCAUGAGUAGCUUUAGAUCACACCACAAAAUAAGUCAUUAUGUGAAUACAUGCUGGAGCAUCGUAUGUUGACUGCCACGUGUUUUUGCAAAAUGAGCCAUAAAUACCUAUUAGAUUUUGGUCUUAGAUUUCAAAGGUAGGUACAAAGGGAUACACCAGUUUGUGUGAGUGUGCCUGUAGGUAAUUAAGUCUAAGCCUUCCUGAAUGGAUAUGAAAUGACUGUCAGUUUUUUCAUACUGCAAGGGGAUCAUGUUGUUAAAUCUUGUGUUGUACAGUUAAGAAUAAAUUCUGGAUAACAGUAACUAGAAAGUAAGAUUUUACACACUGAACCGGAGAAGUCACUAUUAUUAGUAGUAAAACGGUUAUCUUUGUAUACAAAUGAACUUAAAAGAUUUAUAAUUAAUGUGUGAAAUACAUUAAUUAGAAGUCAUCUUAAGAGUACUAUAGAUGGAUGUGACAACCACUAUUUUAUUGGCACUAUUGUAGUACAUACAAAAGGCAGCCAAUGUGAUUACACCCAGAAUUAUCUUCUACUGUUGAAUAUUGUACAUUUCUGACAAAAUCCAGAGUGAAGGAAGUGGUUAUGGGUGAGUGUUGUUAUGUGCUAAAGAUAUGUUUAAAUACUAUUUGGAUGUGUUGGCAGAGAUCAAACCUUGACAAUGAUACUUCCAUUUGCUGUGAUGGUAGCUCAUUAACACAUCCAGCUCCUCCUUUUAAAGAGCUGUUUGUUAUUGUUGUACAGAAGUUGAUUAUACCAUUCAGUUCUGUGCCAUGUUGUAAGAAGCAGAUUUAUGUUAUCACCCGUACCAAUUGUGUGCUAAAUGAUCUGGUAGUAGUUCUCUCUGCUGGUGGAAGUAUUAUUGAAACUUAAAUUUUCUUGCCUAUUAAUGGUAUAUACUGUCUUUGAGAAUAUUUAAGGGAUGACAGUAACAUUUAGGCAAAUUUAGAGACUCGUUUUUAAAUGGUGCCAGUGCUGUACAUGAAUUGUUUGGCUAGAAACAUGAUGUAGCAAGGAGUGAUUAGUUUUGUCUUAUUAGCUCUACAAAUGCAAGCUUCGUAACAGUGCUGAACAGUUACAACUGGUGCUCUAUAACUCCCUUCACUGGAUAUGGAAAUCUAAUUUUUCAAAUAUGAAAAUAAUAUCAAUGUUCUCAAGCUUCCAGCCAUGUCAAGUCGAUGUAUAAUCAUUUGCUGUGGCUUGACGGGACUAUGCAUUUGUACCUUAAUCUGUAGCAUUCAAUAAAUUAUUGUGUGAAGUACAUUAGAAAUUAACAGGUAGCUUUUCAAAGACUGGUUUCUUGUCGCAUCUUGCCAUCUCUGCUUAAACAGGCUGUGCAACUUUCUGG